AUGCGGGGCCCGGCGGGGGCCGAGGGGGAGCCGCGGGACGAGAUGGAGAACGAGGAGGAGCUGUCAGAAGAAGAGGAUGGAGUGCUGGAAGGGCUGGAGGAAUUUUAUCCAGAGGAGCAGGUAACUGCGCAGAAGAAAAAGAAAUCCAAAAAGCUGAAAGAAAACAAGACUUCCAAAGUCAAGAGAAGGAAGAAAGAGGGGAGCAAUGAUGAAAUAUCUGAAAACGAAGAGGAACUGGAGGAGAAAUCUGAGAGCGAAGGAAGUGACUAUUCGCCCAACAAAAAGAAGAAGAAGAAGCUCAAAGAAAAGAAAGAGAAAAAAGCCAAGCGGAAGAAGAAAGAUGAAGAGGAGGAGGAUAACGAGGAAGGAGGUUUAAAGGAGCCCAAGAGCUCAGCGCAGCUAAUGGAGGAAUGGGGCCUGGAUGAUGUGGAUUAUAUUUUCUCAGAAGAAGAUUACCAUACUCUGACUAAUUACAAGGCUUUCAGUCAGUUUCUCAGGCCUCUCAUUGCCAAGAAGAACCCCAAAAUCCCCAUGUCCAAGAUGAUGACGGUGCUUGGUGCCAAAUGGCGAGAGUUCAGCGCCAACAACCCGUUCAAAGGCAGCUCGGCUGCGGCGGCAGCGGCUGCAGUGGCUGCAGCCGUGGAAACAGUCACCAUUGCACCCCAGCUUUCUGCCAGCCCUCAGCAGUCUGCUCUGCCCAUGGCCAUCAGGAAAGCAAAAACCAAGGAGGGCAAAGGUCCAGGAGUGCGGAAGAAAAUCAAGGGCUCCAAAGAUGGGAAGAAAAAGGGGAAGGGGAAAAAGAUGGCGGGCCUGAAAUUCCGGUUUGGAGGAAUCGCCAACAAAAGGAAAAAAGGCUCCUCAAGUGAAGAGGAGGAGCGGGAGGAGUCGGACUUUGACAGCGCCAGCAUCAACAGCUCUUCGGUGCGCUCCGAAUGCUCGGCAGGCUUGGGGAAGAGAGGGAAGAGGAGGAGAAAGAAAAAGAGGAUUGACGAAGGGGAUGGAUAUGAGACCGACCACCAGGAUUACUGCGAAGUCUGCCAGCAGGGAGGGGAGAUUAUCCUGUGCGACACUUGUCCUCGCGCCUAUCACCUCGUCUGCCUAGAUCCUGAGCUGGAGAAAGCGCCGGAGGGCAAGUGGAGCUGCCCUCACUGUGAGAAGGAAGGGAUCCAGUGGGAGCCGAAGGAAGAGGAGGAGGAGGAGGAGGAAGGAGGCGAAGAGGAGGAGGAUGAUCACAUGGAGUUUUGCCGUGUGUGUAAGGAUGGCGGGGAGCUGCUGUGCUGUGACACCUGCCCAUCUUCCUACCACCUGCACUGUCUGAACCCGCCUCUGCCGGAAAUCCCAAACGGUGAAUGGCUCUGCCCGCGCUGUACAUGCCCUCCCUUAAAAGGCAAAGUCCAACGCAUCCUGCACUGGGUCUGGAGAGAGCCCCCUGCCCCCUUCCUGUCUGGGCUCCGUCCGCCUGACCUGGAGCUGUCUGUCCCUCCGCCAAAGCCCCUGGAGGGGAUCCCGGAGCGGGAGUUCUUUGUGAAGUGGGCAGGACUCUCCUACUGGCACUGCUCCUGGGUCAAAGAGCUGCAGCUGGAGCUCUACCACACCGUGAUGUACCGCAACUACCAAAGAAAGAACGACAUGGACGAGCCCCCGGCCUUCGACUACGGCUCCGGGGACGAGGACGGCAAAAGCGAGAAACGGAAGAACAAAGACCCGCAGUACGUCAAGAUGGAGGAGAAGUACUAUCGCUACGGCAUCAAACCUGAGUGGAUGAUGAUUCACCGAAUCCUGAAUCACAGCUUUGAUAAAAAGGGAGAUGUCCAUUACCUGAUCAAGUGGAAAGAUUUACCCUACGACCAGUGUACCUGGGAGAUUGAUGACAUAGACAUCCCCUACUAUGAAAACCUGAAACAGAUUUACUGGAAUCACAGGGAGCUGAUGUUGGGGGAUGAUAUCCAACCGCCAAAGAGGCUGAACAAGAAAGGGAGAAAACUGAAGGAAGAAAAACUAGAAAAACCUCCAGAAACUCCUAUUGUUGAUCCUACAGUUAAAUUUGACAAGCAGCCAUGGUACAUUGAUGCAACAGGCGGCACCUUACAUCCUUACCAGCUGGAGGGACUGAACUGGCUGAGGUUUUCCUGGGCCCAGGGAACCGAUACAAUCCUUGCUGAUGAGAUGGGGCUUGGGAAGACGGUGCAGACCAUCGUGUUCCUGUACUCCCUGUACAAAGAGGGCCACUCGAAAGGGCCGUAUCUGGUUAGUGCCCCUCUCUCCACUAUUAUCAACUGGGAGCGAGAAUUUGAGAUGUGGGCACCUGACUUCUAUGUGGUGACCUAUACGGGGGAUAAGGAAAGCCGGGCUGUGAUCCGAGAAAAUGAGUUCUCCUUUGAAGACAAUGCCAUCCGGAGCGGGAAGAAAGUUUUCCGAAUGAAAAAAGAAGCCCAGAUUAAAUUCCACGUCCUGCUCACAUCCUAUGAGCUGAUCACUAUUGAUCAGGCUGUUUUAGGCUCUAUAGAGUGGGCGUGUCUGGUGGUGGAUGAAGCUCACAGGCUGAAGAACAACCAAUCCAAAUUCUUUAGGGUAUUAAAUAGCUACAAGAUUGACUACAAGCUGCUGCUGACUGGAACGCCACUCCAGAACAACUUAGAGGAGCUCUUUCACCUGCUCAAUUUCCUGACCCCGGAGAGGUUUAACAACCUGGAAGGAUUCCUGGAAGAGUUUGCUGACAUCUCCAAGGAGGACCAGAUAAAAAAACUCCAUGAUCUGUUGGGUCCCCAUAUGCUCCGGCGAUUGAAGGCAGACGUGUUCAAGAACAUGCCUGCGAAAACGGAGCUGAUUGUGAGAGUGGAGCUCAGCCAGAUGCAGAAGAAGUAUUACAAGUUCAUCUUGACGAGGAAUUUUGAAGCCCUGAAUUCCAAAGGUGGUGGGAACCAGGUGUCGCUGCUCAAUAUCAUGAUGGAUUUGAAGAAGUGCUGUAAUCACCCGUACCUCUUUCCUGUGGCUGCUGUGGAGGCGCCGGUUUUGCCAAAUGGAUCCUAUGAUGGGAAUUCUUUGGUUAAAUCUUCUGGGAAACUGAUGCUGCUGCAAAAGAUGCUGAAGAAGCUGCGAGAUGGGGGACACAGGGUCCUGAUCUUCUCCCAGAUGACAAAAAUGCUGGAUUUGCUGGAGGAUUUUCUGGAGUACGAGGGUUACAAGUACGAGCGGAUCGAUGGAGGGAUCACGGGAGGCCUGCGCCAGGAAGCCAUCGACAGGUUUAAUGCUCCUGGUGCUCAACAGUUCUGUUUUCUUCUCUCUACCCGAGCUGGGGGUUUGGGCAUAAACCUUGCAACGGCCGACACUGUCAUUAUUUAUGAUUCUGAUUGGAAUCCCCACAACGACAUCCAGGCGUUCAGCAGAGCUCACCGCAUCGGACAGAACAAGAAGGUGAUGAUCUACCGCUUUGUGACGAGAGCCUCCGUGGAGGAGCGCAUCACCCAAGUGGCCAAGAGGAAGAUGAUGCUGACCCACUUGGUCGUCCGUCCAGGGCUGGGCUCCAAGUCGGGCUCCAUGACUAAGCAAGAGCUGGAUGACAUUCUGAAGUUUGGGACGGAGGAGCUCUUCAAAGACGAUGUGGAAGGCAUGAUGUCGCAGGGCCAGCGGAUCACCAUGCCUGACCCUAUGACCCCCUUUCCCGAAGCACCGUCCUCCAAAGGGGGCGCCGUGACUCCCAGCAUGAAAAAGAAACAUGGCAGCACCCCGCCAGGGGACAAUAAGGACGUGGAGGACAGCAGUGUGAUCCACUACGACGACGCUGCCAUCUCCAAGCUUCUGGAUCGGAACCAGGACGCCACGGAUGACACCGAGCUGCAGAACAUGAACGAGUAUCUCAGCUCCUUUAAAGUGGCCCAGUAUGUGGUGCGAGAAGAGGACGGUGUGGAGGAGGUUGAGCGAGAGAUCAUCAAACAGGAGGAGAACGUGGACCCCGACUACUGGGAGAAGCUGCUCCGGCACCAUUAUGAGCAGCAGCAGGAAGAUCUGGCCAGGAACCUUGGCAAAGGGAAGAGGAUCCGCAAACAGGUCAAUUACAACGAUGCCUCGCAAGAGGACCAAGAGUGGCAGGACGAGCUCUCCGAUAACCAGUCCGAAUACUCCAUCGGCUCCGAGGACGAAGAUGAAGACUUUGAAGAAAGACCCGAAGGUCAGAGUGGCAGGAGACAAUCACGGAGGCAACUGAAGAGCGACCGAGACAAGCCUCUGCCCCCUCUGCUGGCAAGAGUUGGGGGGAACAUUGAGGUGCUCGGAUUCAAUGCCCGGCAGCGCAAGGCCUUCCUGAACGCUAUCAUGCGGUGGGGCAUGCCGCCCCAGGAUGCGUUCAACUCUCACUGGCUGGUCCGAGACCUUCGCGGGAAAAGCGAGAAGGAGUUUAGGGCUUAUGUCUCUCUCUUUAUGAGACAUUUAUGUGAGCCUGGAGCCGAUGGGGCCGAAACCUUUGCGGACGGCGUUCCCCGCGAAGGGCUGUCGCGCCAGCACGUGCUGACGAGGAUAGGAGUUAUGUCACUAGUAAGGAAGAAGGUUCAGGAGUUUGAGCAUGUCAAUGGGAAGUACAGCACCCCUGAUCUGAUCCCGGAGGGGCCGGAGGGCAAGAAAUCCAGCGAGGUUGUCUCUUCUGAUCCAAACACCCCUGUCCCAGCCAGCCCAGCACAUAUGCAGACUGGGCCAGCGGCACAGCCAGACAAAACAGAAAUACAGUUGGGGUUCCAAGAGGAAAAGGAACCAAUGGAGCCAAAGCCCAAGAAGCCAGCUGAGAGCCAGGGUCCAGCAAGUGCAGAGAAAGCCGAGAAUGAAGAAAACCAAGAGAGCUCUGGAAACGAGGAGAAACCGAGAGAAGAGAAACAAGAAGAGAGCGAAAAGGCGGAGCCUUCGCCUGAGCGGCUGCCGGUGAGAGAUGAGGCAAUUCAGGAAAAAGAAAAGCCAUUGGAAAAGUCAGAAUUAAAUGCCUGCCAAGGUAAAGGGGAAGAUAAAGAGUACAAGCCAGAGGAUACCAAGGUGGACGAGAAGGAGCAGAGUGAGACUCAGCAAAAUGGUGAAAAAGAGGAAGAGGAGGAUGGGAAGAAGGAGGAUAAAAAUAUGAACUUUAGAUUCAUGUUCAACAUUGCUGAUGGUGGCUUUACAGAGUUGCACACGUUGUGGCAGAACGAGGAGAGAGCUGCCGUCUCCUCAGGCAAGAUCUAUGACAUCUGGCACCGGAGACAUGACUACUGGCUGCUGGCGGGAAUUGUUACCCACGGCUAUGCCCGCUGGCAGGACAUCCAGAACGACCCGCGCUAUGUGAUUCUGAAUGAGCCUUUCAAGUCGGAGAUACACAAGGGGAACUACCUCGAGAUGAAGAACAAGUUCCUCGCCCGACGGUUCAAGUUGCUGGAGCAGGCCCUGGUGAUAGAGGAGCAGUUGCGAAGGGCCGCGUACCUCAACAUGAGCCAGGACCCCAGUCACCCGGCCAUGGCACUGAAUGCCCGUCUGGCUGAAGUGGAGUGCCUUGCCGAAAGCCACCAGCAUCUCUCCAAAGAGUCCCUGGCUGGGAACAAGCCUGCCAAUGCUGUCCUGCACAAAGUUCUGAACCAGCUCGAGGAGCUGCUGAGUGACAUGAAGGCAGAUGUGACCCGCUUGCCCUCCAUGCUGUCCAGGAUACCACCAGUCGCCGCUCGCCUGCAGAUGUCUGAACGGAGCAUACUGAGUCGUCUCACUAACCGAGGAGGGGACCCCACAGUCCAGCAGGGCUCCUUUGGGUCCUCCCAGCUCUACAACAACAACUUUGGGCCAAACUUCCGAGGUCCUGGACCAGGUGGGAUUGUCAACUACAGUCAGAUGCCGCUGGGACCUUACGUGACCGCAACACCCAAUGGGCCGCCCUCCAGCCACCCCGAUAAAAAAGUAGCAGAGUCACUGAAAGACGGUGCAGCCUUGGAACGCAAGGGGAAGCUCGGUGACAUCAUCUGCAUUGAAGACUAA